ACAUCAGAAGAAGAAGCAGUAAACAGAAGAAGAAGUGGCGUCCGCCGAGGUUGAGUCUCGCGCGCCGAUGCUCGUCUUAAAUUCGCUUCCGGUUGUGGACGACAAGCAAACUAAGGAGACUUUAGCGAGAAAGCGAAAGAAGCUCUUCGGGCAGGAGUUCAAGGUCAAAGUGCGUGGCGUGUCAGUGACCAUGGUGGGCGAACGCCGCAACGGGAACCUGCUGGUCCAGAUCGGCCCGCAGCUGCAGGCGUAUCCUGAGGAGCUGAUCCGCCAGCGUCGCACCCAUGAUGGACAGAUUGAGUACCUGAUUCGCUGGUGCCUUGCCGCUGUUGACAACGGCUCCGCCUCUGGGGGCGCCAACUGCAGCGGGUCCGUCGGUGGCGGCGGCAUCAGUCCCGGGGCGGGCGGCUCUGUCAGCUCGGUGCCCAGGGAGGUGAAACCGGAGAACGUUCUGAUGUGGAUGUCCAUGGAGGACGUGUACGCCAACUGUCCUGCACUGCUGGGCAAGAGGAAAGCUGACUCACAGCGCCCCCUGCAGCCGCAGGAGAAGCAAAGUGAGGAAGAGGCGAGUGUGGCUGAGGGGACGUUUGACGAGACAGAGCUGCUGGACAUGAAGGAGGACGUAAAGAAUCUGGUGCGUCGCGCCAGGAAGCAGAUGGCCAAGAAGAGCGAGCUGUCUAUCAGCAUCACGCACACGAUCCACGUACUGAGUGCCUAUGCCAGCAUCGGCUCGCUGGUGGGCGUCUUUAAGGAGACGGGCGCACUCAACCUGUUGAUGGAGCUGCUGUGCAACAAGGAGACGCAGACCAGACGCAGUGCCGGCAAGAUGCUGCGAGCGCUGGCAUCCCACGACGCAGGAAGCCGAGCCUAUGUGCUACUGUCACUCAGUCAGCAGGACGGCAUUGAGCAGCACAUGGAUUUUGAUAACCGCUACACACUGCUGGAGCUGUUUGCUGAAACCACGUCUUCUGAGGAGCACGGCAUCUCUUUUGAGGGCAUCCACCUGCCUCAGAUUCCUGGGAAGCUGCUGUUUUCUCUGGUCAAGCGUUACCUGUGCGUCACCUCGCUAAUGGACAAGCUCAACACGGUGGGCGUGGACUCUGGCACUGACAGACAGGAAGCCAGCUCCUCCCCCGCGUCUUCCUCGUCCGCCUCCACCAGCAGCCAGCAGACCGAGCGGCUACGUGUGCAGUGUGAGUUUGAGUUCACCAUGGCCAUGGCCAACUUGAUCUCUGAGCUGGUGCGCGUCAUGGGCUGGGAUCGCAAGUUGUCCCAGAGCUCCACCCCGCUCCACCGAGGAGGUGGCGCUUGGGUGAAGGACCAGGGGGCGGAUGCAUCCUUGCCCAUUUUUUCUAGGUCCAUCUUCCAGCCCCGCUGCAGCAGCUCGCCUGUCGUGCUCAGCGCCACCCCGGAUACCAGCCCUCCUGGCGCUGCGCCCCCAAAGAAGAAGGCAGGAAAUGCCUUCAAAAGCCGCUGCGACUUCGCCAGCCGCUCAGCCUACGUGGAGUACGUCCAGGAUAACCUGAAGAGCGGCAUGGCCGUCCGCAUGCUGGAGGACUACGAGGAAGUGAGUGCAGGAGACCAGGGAGAAUUCCGCUACAGCAACGACGGCUCGCCGCCCGUUCAGGUGUACUGGAAUGCUCUGCGCAGGACUUACUGGGUCCACUGGCACAUGGUGGAGAUUUUGGGAAGUGGCAGCAGUGGUCCGGCUGACAAGGAGACCCUGGAGAAGGCCUCAUCCUUGACGGAAACCAUCAGACUCACGACAGCCAGCCAGACCAUCUUCUCCAAGCCCCUCGGUGGACUCUACUCGCUCCCCUACUUGGCUGACAGUCCGCAGGCGGAUUCGGCAGCUUUGAGUCGUGCCGAGUGGUGGGAGGUCCUCUUCUUCAUCAAGAAGCUGGAAGCUAAGGAGCAACAGGAAGUCAACCACCUCCUCUUGCUCUGCCUCGGCGACCAGGAGGCGGAGCUUGAUGACGCCGCCCUGAUCAGCCUACUCGUCCCAGGAGAUGUGGCCAAGAAGGUCCUUCACUACCUGAAGCAACAUCUGCCCUCUUCCUGCCUCAGCGAGCUGCUCUGCUCUCACGCCUUCUGCAAACACUACCUGAGGCCAGGAGGAGGCGGACGUCUGGACAAUGAAGAGCUGCAGGGUGAGGAGGCCACUUCCGGCCUUCAACGUGUUUGCCUUGCAGAAGAAGGAGGCGCCAACGUGUGCUCGUCCUCUGUGAUGGUCUCCAAGAGAGCCAAGAAAGAGUUUCCUGCUGAGUCGACCUGCGGCAGCCCCGAGAUGGAAAGCGAGUUUCCUCAAGAGGAUUCCAGCAAAUAUCCCGACGGUCUGGAGGAGAAGAUGAAGGUCUUUAGCAGUCCUCGUGUCCUGGGCAAGAAGACAGUGCUAGAUAAGUUGGGGGAGGUGGUGGACAUACUCAGGAAAGGAGGCUUCAGAUGGGACAUCGUCCAGAACCUGGCUGGCGUCAUCUUCAUCACUAGGCUGCUGGAGGACAAGGUGACACAGGAGAAGAACUCUAUGCGAAGCGAAUAUGUCCAGGGCGUACGGGACAAAGUGCUGAAGCUGCUGGUGGAGCUUCUGGGCUCAUCCUGCAGAAACGUGGUCACGUGCACGUUGAGGCUCACGCACAUACUCAUGCUGAGAUACGAAUGGAGGGUUUCCUUUGCCACUGAGGGUGGAGUCAAAGCCAUCCUGACGUGCAUGCAGGAGCUCUCCAAUGUAUCACAUGUGCAGCAGCUGGCGUUGGCGACUCUGAAGGUUGUCACCGGCGCCAGUAAACAUGACCUGUGCAGCAUCAGCAGUGUUCCCACCCUCUCCGAGUCCGGCACUCAGAUGAUGCUGGAGAUCUUUGCCAGCAUCGGCUCGGCCACACCAGAAGGCUCCAAGGGCCUGUUGGCCACUAUCCCCGCCGCCGUGGACCUCAUGAUGAAGACCAAAGGCUGUAUGCCGGCGGUGCGUAACGGCCUGCUGGUCAUUGUCAUGCUGGUCUCCAACCACAAGAGUCUGGCCAAGCAGCUGGUGUCCUGCGACGUCACCGCUGUCCUAAAGAAGUGCCUGAUGCUGUCUCAAACCGAGACCAUGCUGGCCAUCAUUGCCCUAAACCACAUCUUCAUGGUGCACAAACUGGAGAGCAAAGAUCGUCCUGAGCAGUUGGACCUGAAGGACACUCAGCUCCAGAUGUUGGUGCUGAGCCUGAGGGAGGCGACGGCCACAAAAGAAGUGAUCCUGACUUUGGAGCAGGUGCUGUUUGACCCCUUUUCACAGCUGGAAGACCAGCGCUACCAGGUCUCUCAAAAUCGAGACACUUUUCAGGACCUAGUUCGUCUAAUGGAGCAACUUCGAGCGGACCGGGCAGUCCAGCUGUCCAUCCUCAGGAUCCUGAACAAGUUUUUAGACUGCUACCAGGAGGACGCUCUGCCAUGGCACGAGAGUAUUGAGCCCUGCCUCGCGUCCAUGGCGGCCUUCUUCAGCGACAACGAGGUGCUCCAGAAAUUCAUUCGCUUUCUGUACCGCCUGGCGUCGCUGAACAAAGACUACGCCGUGGUCAUGUGUCGCCUGGGAACCAAAGAGGCGUUGCUCAAGACGCUGGACAAACACGGCACAAACCUCCCGCUGCUUGCUGAGCUGCGAGAUCUCGUCAGCGACUGUGAGAAGUACGCCAGCCUCUACAAGAAGAUGACCACCAGCGUCCUCGCUGGCUGCAUCCAGAUGGUGUUGGGUCAGAUCGAGGAGCAUCGUCGCAGCCAUCAACCAAUCAACAUUCCUUUCUUUGACGUCUUCCUCCGAAAUCUUUGCCAAGGUUCCAGCGUGGAGCUGAAGGAGGAGAAGUGUUGGGAGAAGGUGGAGGUGUCGUCCAAUCACCAUCGAGCGAAUAAGCUAACCGACAAGAACAGUAAAACUUACUGGGAGUCCAACGGCCCCACCGGCUCGCACUUCAUUAACAUCUUCAUGCACAGAGGCAUCGUCAUCCGGCAGUUGGCCAUCCUGGUGGCUAGCGAGGACUCCAGCUAUAUGCCGGCUCGGAUCCUGGUUCUGGGUGGGGAUGACCCGGCCAACAUCAGCACAGAACUCAACACAGUCAACGUGACCGCAUCAGCCAGUCGGGUGGUUCUGCUAGAGAACAUGACCAGAUUCUGGUCCAUCAUACAGAUCCGCAUCAAGAGAUGCCAGCAGGGUGGCAUUGACACAAGGGUUCACGGUUUUGAGGUUUUGGGGCCCAAGCCAACAUUCUGGCCCGUGUUUAAAGAGCAGCUGUGCUGUCGGACCUUCUUGUUCUACAGCACCAAGGCGCACACGUGGUGUCAGGAAGUGAUGGACGAGCAGACGCAGCUGCUUCAGCUCUUCAAUAAGCUUAACAGCGCCCUCAAACAUGAGCAGAUGUUUGCAGACCGUUUCCUGCCAGAUGUUGAAGCUGCUGAAGCUUUGGGUCGAACCUGCUGGGAGGCGCUGGUCACCCCUAUAGUGCGCGCAAUCACCUUUUCGGAAUCCUCUGGCUCCAGUCCAUUGUCGUGGCUGCUUAGCGAGUACCUGAGCAACUCUGACUCCGCCCACCGCUGCAAAGGCAGGGUGGCCGUUUUCAACUCCCGCGUGAGACGCCUGACACACCUGCUCGUGCACGUGGACACCAGCCGAUCUGACGGCGAGGAACUGAAAGUGCCCGUCAAGCCGAAUGGUAAAGAGGCCAAAAACAAAGAUGCCGCAGUGGCCUCUUCUUCUCCUUCGUCAGUGAAGCCCGAAGUGAAGAGCAGCAGCAUUGCUGACAUCGCCCUGUGUUGGCAGGAGGUGGUACAGCAGCAGGUGAAGAAGUUUCUGGAGUUGAGCUGCGAUCAUCCUGACUUUGUGGAACGUUACCGGACUUUGUACUUGCGGCUGAAGAAUGCCAUGGAGGAACUGUUUGGGCAGCAGACCGCCUUCGUCCUGGCCCUGCGACACGGCUUCUCUGCCGCCUUACUUCAGCUGUCCAUCCUCAGAGCCAUGCACGUGAGCGAGAGGUUUGCUCAGUACGUGGACCAGAUGCUGCAGAACAGCGGCUCGGUUUUUGGCGGCAUGGAGACUCUGGAGAAGCUGCAGCAAUUUUUGGAGCCUAUGCUCUUCCUGUCGGGCCUGGAGCUUGCCAACACCUUCGAGCAUUUCUAUAGGUACUACUUGGCCGACCGGCUCCUGGGGCGGGCCAACGUGUGGUUGGAACGUUCUGUGGUGGAGCAAUUGGGCUCCUGCUUCCCCAAUCGCUUCCCUCAGCAAAUGUUGAAGAACCUGAGCGAGUCGUCCGACCUACAGCAGGAGUUCCACCUGUACCGCCUGCAGCAGCUGGACCGCGCGCUGCACAACCAGCAGAUGGAGGAGGAGGAAGAGGAGGAUGGGUGGGUGGAGUCAGAGGAGGAAGCAAACGUCAAGAUUCUGGUUCUGUCUCCACGCUGCUGGGCCAUCUCCUCGCUGUGCUUCUUGGAUGAACCUUCAGAACACUUCCCAUCUGAACUCUGUUCCUACCUGACCCGCUUCACCCACUUCUACACCCACAGUCAGUCCAUGUACAGCGUGAGUCACUCCAAGCCUCGUCGGCUCCAGUGGACGUGGCUCGGUCACGCUGAGCUCCGCUUUGGCUGCUGGACGCUUCACGUGUCCACACUGCAGAUGUUCAUCCUGUUGCACUUCAACACACUCCAGGAAGUGGGUGUGGCUUCUGUGCUGAAGGCGUGCGGCCUAUCAAAAGACAUCCUGCUUCACGCUCUGCAGCCUCUUAUCGAUGAUGGAGGACCACUCAGCUGCAGCCGUCCCGAUGACCCCUGCCAAGGUGUGUUGCACUUGAAGCAACAGGUGGUGUCUGACAACCAGGGGGAUGUGGCCACAUGCGUCCAGCUGCAGCCCAAACAGACGUACUUGAACGUGGAUGAAGACGCGGCCGCCACGUUGGAGAGGAAGAGGAACGUCAUCUACUGCGUGAUUGUCAACAUCCUCAAGCAGGAGAAGGAGAUGCACAUCGACAACCUGGUCUUCAAGGUGCUGGACUCCUGUCAGAAGCGGGAAGCGGUCCAGUCUCCCGGUCCUGGUCCUUUCAGCUGUAGCGCUGGGGACGUGCUCUCUUGCAUCAUGCACGUCAUCAGCAAAGGUUGCGUGCGCCGCAACCCGGACAAUCCCCACAUCGUAGACUACCUCCCAGAGGACCCGUCCACGCCGCAGAAGGGCCAUGCCCAACUUUCCUUCAGCAAGACGGAGACCACCAGUGUCAGCUCUCGGGCAGCACCACGGCUCUUUGAGGACGGGGUUCUGGACACGGUUCUCUUCUCCAUGGGUCGGACCAUGACGCAGGACGAAGUUCGUCAACUGAUGAAAAUGACAGUCCAGCAGGUGGCGGCGACUCUCAGUCUGGACCUGGACCGUGCUGAGCACCUCCUGGUCCAUUGCAAUUGGAACGCCGACCUGCUGGUUCAGCGCUACACCGAUGACCCAGACGCCAUCAUCGUGGCUGCCGGGCUGAAAUGUCCGAACCCUCAGCCGCCGCCAAGUCCAGGAUCCACCUGCCCCGUGUGCCUGGUUCCCUGCAGUGCCAGCCCGGAGCCACCGCCCUCACUGAGCUGCAUGCACUACUGCUGCAGGUCGUGUUGGCAGGAGUACCUGAGUGCCCGCAUCGAGCAGAACCUGGUGAUGAACUGCAACUGUCCCAUCCCAGACUGCCAGGCCCAGCCCACCUCUCACUUCUUCCUCAGCAUUGUCUCCGACAAAGACACCGUUGCCAAGUAUGACAAGGCGCUGCUGCGAGGCUUUGUGGAGUCGUGCUCCAACCUGACGUGGUGCACCAACCCUCAAGGGUGCGACCAGAUCCUCUGCAAGGAGAACAUGGGUAGCAUGGGAACGUGUUCCAAGUGCUGCUGGUCGUCCUGCUUCAGCUGCAACUUCCCGGAGGCGCACUAUCCGGCCAGCUGCAGUCACAUGUCUCAGUGGAUGGACGACGGGGGUUUUUACGAGGGCAUGAGCGUGGAGGCUCAAAGCAAACAUCUGGCCAAGCUCAUCUCCAAGCGCUGCCCCAGCUGCCAGGCUCAAAUCGAGAAGAACGAGGGCUGCCUCCAUAUGACCUGUGCCAAAUGCAACCAUGGCUUCUGCUGGCGCUGCCUGAAACCGUGGAAGCCCACACAUAAAGACUACUACAACUGCUCCGCCAUGGUGAGUAAAGUGGCGCGUCAGGAGAAGAAGUUCCAGGAUUUUAACGAGAGAUGCACCUUCCAGCACCAGGCUAAGGACUUUGCCAUCAGCCUGGAGAAGAAGGUGUCGUCCAUUAAUGAAGCGCUCCAGAUGAAGUCUCUCACAUUUGUCAUCGAUGCCUGCAAGCUUUUGGCGCAAGCCCGGAAGGUGCUGGCCUACUCGUGCGUCUACAGUUUCUAUAACCAGGACAGCGACAAGAUGGACGUGAUGGAGCAGCAGACAGAGACUUUGGACCUGCACACCAAUGCCUUGCAGAUCCUGCUUGAGGGGACGCUGCUGCAGUGCACCGACUUGGCCUCCUGUGUCCGUCUGCUGAAAGCAGAACAGCUCAACACGGGACUGGAGCUGAUUCGACGCAUCCAGGAAGGCUUGCUGGCCAUCCUGCAGCACUCCACCCAGGACUUCAGGGUGGGUUAUCCGUCCAAAAGCAGCCAGGAAGCAGAACUGACGCACACCUGCGACUUGUCCAACCACAACGACGCCAACAAAGCAUCCACGUCAGACCGAGCGUCCAGCUCCGGAGACUCUGACAACAACAACUGCGCUGGCGAGGGGGGCGACGAGGAAGUGGAGGAUGAGGAUGACGAGUACGAUGAAGACUACGUACCAGAGUGGCACGAGGACUACGAUGAUGAAGAGAUAGACGAGGACGACUUUUUCUCCGAUGACGACGAGUCUGAGAACCUGGAGAGGGACUUCAGCCCCUUUGACUGAAGCAUGUCGAGCGCAGAACUCCCCAGUCAGUCCCCGCUCUCUCACCUGACAAAGAUGGCCGCGGCCUGUCAAGAGGCCAUCCCAAGCAUGAAACGACGCAGCUUCGCUUGCUUCUCACCACAGACUUGAGAGUAUGCCGGCCACCUCCCCACCUCACGCCCAGUUUGGAAUAUGGAGCCUACCAGUUUCGAGAGAGGGCUGGUCCGUCUGGGUCGUCUUUUAUCUCGCAAUAUUUGCUCAGAAAGUGUAUCAUUAGUUCUCAAGUAGCUCUGCAAGCUCUGGAAGAGGUCACGCCGUUUUGGAACGUGUCACCGGGCUGCUGGUCUUGGUCCUGAAAGUCUUUGCUGGUUCUGGAAGUUUAGCGCCAGGUUUUUGGUGACAAAAAUGAAUGUCAAAUUCUACGUUUAUUCAUUGUCAUUUGUUAGCACCGCGAGUCUUUGCUCUCAGUUUGGUUUCUAUGCAGCGUCGGGGGGGUUGCCGUUUCAGCCCUCAAUGCUAAAGCAGGCAAGUUGUCACUGCUAACAGAACUUGUAUUUACGUUGUUAAUGUUCUCACACAUCUCUGCUUUCUUUGUUGGAGUCCAGCGACUUCCACCAGCAAAAUCAAUAAAAACCUUUUUUUCUGA